UUAUCUUCCAACCCUCCCAUAACUCGAACGGAAAAUGAUCAUGUCAAUGGAUUCCACCAAAGCUCAACGUCGACUUAAUACCAUACAAGGGCACCUUGUUUCCGCCGUCAGCUCCGCCGUUUCUCAUUACGACCUCCGUUCUUGCCCAACCGCAGCCGAGUUCGUCUGCGAACAGAAAUACAGUGUUGUGUUGCCAGAGAAACUGCAAACAGGAAAAUGGAAUGUAUACAGAUCUGCUCGCUCACCGUUGAAGCUCGUAAAUCAGUUUCCCGAUCAUCCCGACAUCGGUACAUUGCAUGAAAAUUUUGUACAUGCCGUUGAGUCCUAUGGAGAUUACAGAUAUCUCGGAACAAGAACUCGAGUUGAUGGAACUGUUGGAGAUUACAAGUGGAUGACAUACAAAGAAGCUGCUACAGCUCGGACAGCUAUUGGAUGCGGCCUAAUACAUCAUGGGAUACUAAAGGGCUCUUGCGUUGGAUUAUAUUUCAUCAAUAGACCAGAGUGGCUCAUUGUUGAUCAUGCCUGUGCUGCAUAUUCCCUUAUAUCAGUUCCUUUAUAUGACACUCUAGGUCCGGAUUCUGUCAAGUACAUCAUUAAUCAUGCAGAUCUAAAAGCUGUAUUUUGCAUGCCUCAAACUUUGAAUUCUUUGUUGAGCAUCUUGUCCGAGAUUCCAUCCCUUCGUUUGAUUGUGGUAGUUGGAGGAAUGGAAAAUGAAGUGCCUUCAUUGCCAUCAUCAACUAGCAUUCAGGUUGUCACAUAUUCACAAUUAUUAAGUCAGGGCCAUAGUAACCUUCGGCCAUUUUGCCAACCGAAACCAGACGACAUAGCUACCAUUUGCUACACUAGUGGUACAACUGGAACACCAAAGGGAGUUGUGUUGACACAUGGGAACUUGAUUGCAAGUGCAGCUGGAUUCACCAUUUCAGUAAAAUUCAACACCUCAGACGUUUACAUAUCGUAUCUCCCUUUGGCACACAUUUUUGAGCGGUUUACUCUGAUCAAUUUGGCUCAUUUUGGGGUCGCAGUUGGAUUCUACCAGGGGGAUACCAUGAAAUUAAUGGAUGACAUGGCUGCUCUACGGCCCACUGUAUUCUGCAGUGUCCCUAGACUGUAUAACAGAAUUUAUGCAGGUAUUCUGAACGCUGUCAAGGAAUCGGGUUCUAUCAGGGAGAGACUUUUUAAUGCAGCCUACAACUCUAAGAAGCAAGCAAUAAUGAAUGGAAAGAGUCCUUCUCCUAUAUGGGACAGAUUGGUGUUCAACAAAAUAAGGGCCCGACUUGGAGGACGUGUUCGUUUCAUGGUUUCCGGUGCUUCACCCUUAUCUUCCGAUGUCAUGGACUUCUUGAAGAUAUGCUUCGGUGGUCAUGUGAUCGAAGGGUAUGGAAUGACGGAGACAUCAUGUGUCAUAAGCGUCAUGGAAGAGGGCGACAUUCUUUCUGGCCAUGUUGGUUCUCCUAACCCCGCUUGUGAAAUAAAGCUUGUGGACGUCCCCGAAAUGAACUACACAUCAGAUGAUCAGCCUUAUCCUCGAGGAGAAAUCUGUGUUAGGGGUCCAAUUGUUUUCCAAGGAUAUUACAAAGAUGAAAUGCAAACGAGAGAAGUAAUUGAUCAAGAUGGAUGGCUUCAUACAGGAGAUAUAGGGCUAUGGUUCACCGGAGGUCGUUUAAAGAUUAUUGAUCGGAAGAAGAACAUUUUUAAGCUGGCUCAGGGAGAGUACAUAGCACCAGAAAAGAUUGAAAAUGUAUACUCUAAAUGCAAAUUUGUAGCCCAGUGUUUUAUAUACGGCGACAGCUUGAAUUCUUCAUUGGUAGCAGUUGUCUCGGUGGACCCUGAUGCUCUGAAAGCAUGGGCUUCAUCUCAAGGCAUUCAGUACAAAGAUUUAGAAGAGUUGUGCAAUGACCCAAGAGCAAGGGCGGCUGUCCAGGCUGAGAUGGAUGCUGUCGGAAGAGAAGCUCAGUUGAGAGGCUUUGAAUUUGCGAAAUCGGUGACGUUGGUACUCGAACCAUUUACAAUGGAGAAUGGUCUACUGACUCCUACAUUCAAGAUAAAGAGACCUCAAGCAAAGGAGUAUUUUGCAAAAGCAAUUUCAAACAUGUAUGCAGAGCUGAAUGCAUCUGAUCCAUCUCCUCUUAAGUAAGUUCUGAAAAUUCAGUCCCCAUUAAUGGAAUCCUCAACACUUAUCAGUAUUGUUUGUAUUUGACCUCAACACUUGUCGUCCCCGAUAUGCUAUUCUGAUGGGUAUAGCCAUCUUUUUUAUUC